AUGACUGCUCCCCAGAUUUUAUCUCCAAUGGAAAUGCCCAUGUGCCUAUCAUCCUCUUUGGCUGGCGCCUGGUUUGCUGUUCUCGGUAACGGCGGUACACUCGGAUCAUGGGACAGCAGGGACUAUGUGAUGAGAAAGUUUGGGGUUGAAUUUAUUUGUGAUGGGGUUCCUAGGUAUGGACAUGAGGAGGGAUCGAGAAAACGAUUGGUUCGGAAACGAGGACUACGAGUGCUCAAGAAAAGUAUGGCACAUUUGAAGUAUAAGUUUGCUUUGCAAGAUGGGAGGUCUCGCUAUGUUUCCUGUUAUGAUCACAAAAAAUUCGAAGUCGGUGACGACUGGGAAGUCUAA